AUGUCGAAGCAGCUGGCAGAUCAACUGAGGAGCACCCAGCUCAGCGAUUCCCCCCCCGCUCCUCAGAACGAUGAUUGGAAAAAGAACCUGAACAUCCCUGCCCGGGACAACCGGCAACAAACAGAGGAUGUCACGAAAACGAAGGGCCUCGAGUUCGAAAAUUUCGCUCUCAAGCGAGACCUGCUCAUGGGCAUUUUCGAAGCCGGUUUCGAAAAGCCCUCUCCCAUCCAAGAAGAGGCCAUCCCCGUCGCCCUCACUGGCCGCGACAUCCUGGCCAGGGCAAAGAAUGGCACCGGCAAGACGGCCGCCUUCGUCAUCCCCGCCCUCGAACGCAUCAACCCCAAGGUCACCAAGAUUCAGUGCCUCAUCCUCGUCCCCACACGCGAGCUUGCCAUGCAGACCUCCCAGGUCUGCAAGACCCUCGGCAAGCACCUCGGCGUCAACGUCAUGGUCACCACGGGUGGCACGGGUCUCCGCGACGACAUUCUGCGGCUCCAGGAUCCCGUCCAUAUCGUCGUCGGUACGCCGGGCAGAAUCCUCGACCUCGCCGGGAAGAACGUUGCCGACCUGAGCGAGUGUCCCAUGUUCAUCAUGGACGAGGCCGACAAGCUUCUGUCCGUCGAGUUCACCCCCGUCAUCGAGCAACUGCUGCAGUUCCACCCCAAGGACCGUCAGGUCAUGCUCUUCUCCGCCACCUUCCCCGUCUCCGUUAAGGACUUCUCCGACCGAAACAUGGCGAGCCCGUACGAGAUCAACCUCAUGGACGAGCUUACCCUGCGCGGCAUCACCCAGUACUACGCCUUUGUCGAGGAGAAGCAGAAAGUGCACUGCCUCAACACUCUCUUCUCCAAACUGCAGAUCAACCAGUCCAUCAUUUUCUGCAACUCCACCAACCGCGUCGAGCUCCUCGCCAAAAAGAUUACCGAGCUGGGUUAUUCCUGCUUCUACAGUCACGCCAGAAUGCAGCAGCAAGCCCGCAACCGCGUCUUCCACGAUUUCCGCAACGGCGUUUGCCGCAACCUCGUCUGCUCUGAUCUCCUCACCCGUGGCAUCGACAUCCAAGCCGUCAAUGUCGUCAUCAACUUUGACUUCCCCAAGAACGCCGAAACCUACCUCCACCGAAUCGGUCGGUCCGGCCGGUACGGCCACCUUGGCCUGGCCAUCAACCUGAUCAACUGGGACGACCGGUUCAACCUCUACAAUAUUGAGCGAGACCUCGGUACCGAAAUCCUCCCCAUCCCCCCGAGCAUCGACAAGAGCCUCUAUGUGUACGAAAACCCCGAGUCCAUCCCUCGCCCCAUCUCGAACCUCCCGAAGAACGCGCAACAGCCCUCGCAGAUGCUCUCACAACAAGCUCCUCUCCAGGCUCAACCACAAAGUAAUUGGCAAACUCAGAACGGUCAGCAGAACGGUCAGCAGAACGGCUUCAACGCUGGACGCGGCCGCGGACGAGCACGCGGCGGUUAUCGUGCCCGUGGAGGCGGUGGCGGCGGCGGCGGCGGCGGCAGCAGUCGCGGUCGCGGCCCCCGCGAGGCCCAAGCCUAA